GGGGCCGGCGGGAGUGGCGGUCCGGUCCGGGAGCGACGCGCACCGCCAGGGAGGCUCCAAGGGGAGGGCGCUCCGCCCUGCGAGCGACGUCCUGACCCGCGGCGCUAGGACCCCGUGGGGAGCGGCGGGGGCGGAGCGGGCGGCACAAGGACCCGGGGGAACCGCGGCAGGCGGGCGGCGAGCAGGCCCGGGGGCCGGGAAGCUGCGGGCGGCGGCGCUGGGCCCGGCGCGGCAAGAGAGGCCCUGAGAUGCCGAGCAAGAAGAAAAAGUAUAACGCGCGGUUCCCGCCGGCGCGGAUCAAGAAGAUCAUGCAAACUGACGAAGAAAUUGGGAAGGUGGCGGCGGCAGUGCCUGUCAUCAUCUCCCGGGCGCUUGAGCUGUUCCUGGAGUCGCUGUUGAAAAAGGCUUGCCAGGUGACCCAGUCCCGAAAUGCCAAGACCAUGACCACAUCCCACUUGAAGCAGUGCAUUGAGCUGGAGCAGCAGUUUGACUUCUUGAAGGACCUGGUGGCCUCUGUGCCUGACAUGCAGGGAGAUGGGGAAGACAACCACAUGGACGGGGACAAGGGUACCCGCAGAUGGACUGUACCUUCCCGAAGGGGCCGGAAGCCAGGAAGCAGUGGCCGGAAGAAUGGUGGGAUGGGAAGCAAAAGCAAGGACAAGAAGCUGUCAGGGACGGACUCGGAGCAGGAGGAUGAGUCUGACGAUACAGACACUGAGGGGGAAGAGGAGACAUCACAGGCCCCACCCCAGGCCAGUCAUCCCCCUGCCCACUUUCAGAGCCCCCCGACACCCUUCAUGCCCUUCACUUCGACUCUGCCUCUGCCCCCAGCACCCCCGGGCCCCUCAGCACCUGACGCAGAGGAUGAAGAGGACUAUGACUCCUAGCGCCCUCUGCCCCCCAGGCCACGCCCCCUUUUAGUUGGUUUUAGUUGCUCUGGGGGGAGGAGAGAAGAUAGAGCUGUUCUUAAAUUUAUUAAAAAAUUAAUAAUAAAAGGGAA